UUCUCCAAUCUCCUCCUCUCUCUCUCUCUCUCUCUCUCUUCUAUCUCUUCCCCCAACUUCCCAUGUCAUUUCCCCUGCUUCACCUCUUCUCAUCCACCUCUCGCCAUCUCCGACCAACGCCGCCGCCUUCUUUCUGAACCGCCGCCACUCCAAUGGGCUCCUCCGAGGCGGCGCUCCUCGUCCUCCUCCUUUGCUCCCUCCUCGCCUCCAUCCUCCCUCCCUCCGCCCCCUUGGGCUUCCACUGCUCCAACUCCUCCGCCGCCGCCACGUGCCUGUCCCUCGCCGGGUACGUCUCCCCGAACGCCACCACCCUCGCCGCCGUCCAAACCCUCUUCGGGGUCAAGCACCUCCACUCCAUCCUCGGCGCCAAUAACCUCCCCCUCUCCACCCUUUCCAACUCCACCGUCAGCCCCCAGCAGACCAUCGCCGUCCCCUUCAACUGCUCCUGCUCCAACUCCACCGGCUUCUCCUACCGGCGUCCGGUCUACACCGUCCAGAGCGGCGACGGGCUGGACCACAUUGCCCGUGAGGUUUUCUCCAAUCUGGUCAUCUAUCAGGACAUUCAGCAAGCGAAUGGGAUCGUCAAUGCGAGCUUGAUCGAGGUGGGCCAGAAGCUGUGGGUCCCCUUGCCCUGUAGCUGCGACGAGGUGGACGGCGAGGAGACGGUCCACUACGCUCACGUUGUGGCUGCCGGGAGCUCCGUGUCGGCGAUUGCAAUGGAGUUCAACGUGUCUGAGAGCACGCUGAUGGCCAUCAACGGGAUCGCGGACGCUAAGAGCCUUAAGGCCGGGCAGGUUCUUGAUGUUCCUCUCAAAGCUUGUACAUCUGCAAUAAGGAAUGACUCGUUGGACUCCUAUUUACGUGUUGCUAAUGGAAGAUAUGUCUUCACUGCUAACAAUUGUGUGAUGUGCACCUGUGACGCAGCGAAUAACUGGACAUUAGAUUGCCAGCCAUCCCAGCUUAAGCCGACUAAUUGGUCGCUCUGCCCCUCAAUGCAAUGCGAGGGUUCAAACUUAUUCGUGGGCAACUCAACUUCCACAUCUUGUAACCGCACAACCUGUGCCUAUGCUGGUUAUACUAACCAGACUAUUCUAACAGCACUUGUCACCAAUACCACUUGUGCAGUUUCAAAUAACUUCGCCACGAAGGACAUUUUUCGAGCAUCUAGCUGGAACUUCUUCCUGAUUUUGAUCUUGUCCCUGCUCUCUUUCCAUCAAGUUAAAUGAGGACAUUGGUAUCGGAGACUGUCGCCCUCAACCUCGCUUGUAUGACUGUCGCCUUCGAUACAUGCGGGGAUGUUUGUAAGUGCUGUGCAUGUGACCAAAAUGUAAGGUGCCUGUUUUAUCUUUUGGCGCUUCCGAACCAUAAAAUUGUAGCUUCCCACGUCCUGAUGGAAAAUUCGAUUCUUCUUUUGUGGGGUUCCAUUCUUAGAUGGCUAGGAGUUUUAUUGUUUGCUAGGUGAGAUGGCUAGGAGUUGUGCAAUGUCGAAACUCUAUUAUGCCUAGAAUUUCGAUGUCGUUUUCGCC